UCUGCACUGCGAUGCAUUACGUUUUUCAUGAGGUCUCAGGAGAACUCUGUCCUCGUGCCAUCCGGCGCACGCAGGAGGAGAGAGGCAGCAGCUCCGGCGCCUGUCAGGGUAGGGCACUUUUUUUUUUGUCAUCCUCCUUGUCGGCGGAGACUUUUAGUAAAGCAUCAGGGCUUGCAAAGGUCACUGAAGAUUUCAGAGAUAGCGAUUUUCCGGUGUGUCUCCGUCUCGAGUCUUGCCGCAGAGUAUAAAGCGGGUCGCCAUGGAAGAAGGAUUUGGAUUUUGGAGCGCGUUUUACAGCUGCUGGAGAGAAUCAUGGCCACGUCCGCGGUCACACUCACACUCAUUGGCUUUUUCUACUUUUUCCCGAUACUGACAGAUGCUACAAAAGAACGCCCCAAGGUGGAUCUCAUCGUCAGAAGUAAAGAUAUUGCUGUGGGAAGCACAGAGGUGCUGUUUUGUAAAGCUAGUAAAUCUACAACAUUCACAUGGAGUAAAGAUGAUGAAGAAGUGGAAGAGAACAUUGAGAGCGAUGAAGAAAAGAGUAGGCUGACUUUAAAGAAUGUCAAGCUAUCAGACAGUGGAAAGUACACGUGCACUUGCGAUUUUGAUGAUGGCGAAUUGGAGGACUCCGUCGACAUACAUGUCUUUGAGCCAAUUAGCUUUGGUUCAACUAAGACAUACCAUGAGUUUUUAUUGAACCAGACAGUGCACAUCCCUUGCCUGGUCAGCGGGAAGCCAGAAGUGGAAACCAACUGGUAUUGGAAUGGUUUCCGUGUGUUAAACAGUGACACAAGUAAUCUCAGCGUGCUAUCAGAUGGGUCAUUAAGGAUUACAAACAUUCAGAGGGAACAUCACGGAACCUUCAUCUGUGAGGGAAAAAUUAAGGGACGCCCUAAAACUGAGAGACUGAGCAUCUCUGUUGUUGUAAAUGUUCCACCAACUGUCAUAGUUCGUGGUGAAAGGACAAAGGUUGUGGCUGGAUCAAACAAAAAUGUCACUUUAAUCUGCUUGGUUGAAGGAGCACCCCAUCCAAAUAUUACAUGGAAAACGCCUGAGGCAUCAGAUUCUUCUCGCUACAUAUACAAUUCAGAUAAGAGUAAGCUCAUCAUACCAGGUGUGGCCAGAAGUGACUUUGGAACAUACAAUUGUACCGCUGCCAAUAAAAUCGGAGAGAACAGCGCAUCGUUCACACUUGAUGUCAUAGAACUUCCACUGGUCAGCCUGAGCCAAAGUGAGAUUGUUAUGAAGCCCGGGGACUCAGCAUCUGUUCUCUGUAAUGCCACCGGACAUCCUACACCCACCAUACAGUGGAUAAACAAGAGCCAGUCCUCUUCAAGUCGGGUGGCUGUCAUGGGACCACAGCUUCAGAUUGAGAAUGUGUUGCCUUCUGAUGGUGGUGUGUAUUCCUGCGGAGCCACCAACGAGGCAGGCAGCAACAUACAGGACAUCACUCUAAUCACUUCUCCAGGAGUACCAGCCUCAUUUUCUGUGUCACGAGGACCUGGAGCUUUCAAAAUCAUCUUGCAGGAAUCUGGCCUGAACGGGGGUUCUCCCAUUGUUCAAUAUGUCAUCCAGUGGAGAGAAAACUCAACUGAUGCCUGGAAUGAGACUUUAAUCCCAUUUCCUGGUCAGCUGGAGGUCACGUCUCUGGCUCCGUACACGGAAUACUUUGUACGUUUUGCUGCUAAAAACAAGCAUUUUCUUGGGAACUUUUCUGAUGAAAAAACGAUUCGCACUCUGGCCACCCGUAAGCCAGACAUGCCUGACCUGUCUGUACUCGAGGGCAAGGCAGAGAAAAACUCAUAUUCAAUUCCAGUCAAGCAGGGCAGUGAUGGAGGCUCUCCUGUUACAUAUUAUGUGGUGCGCUGGCGAAUGAAGAAGGACGGUGAGCCCUGGAGAGAGAAAAAAAUAGAUGUGAAUUCUACUAUUGUUCACCUGCAGAAUCUUGAGUAUGACUCUGACUACCAGGCUGAAAUUAUAGCUGGUAACGAUAAUGGCUUCUCCAAACCAUUUAAAACCCAUUUCUCCAUCCCACAAGCUCAGCCCAGCCUGGGUAAAGGUGGUGUGGUGGCCAUAGUGUUGGUCAUCUUUCUGUUUCUGCUGAUGGGUGUUGAUGCUCUGUGUUGCUAUACAAAUCGCUGUGGAAUUCUCAACUUCUUGGCCAGAAAAAUGUUUGGCCCCAAUGUGUCUGAAUCUAAAAGUUUGGAGGAGGGUGUGUUUAACAAUGCUGUAACCAUGAAUGGACUUGAGAAACAGAGGGGUAGCAUCCCAAAACUACAGUCAAUGCCCAAGACAAUAAAUGGAGUCCAGUCAGAAGUCACGUGCGACAAAGCACCUCUCACCAAAUUUGAAAAAUCACCAGCCGGGAGUGACUCAGUCAAUGAGGCACAGUUGUAAAAAUUUUGACUCUCAUCCUGAUGGGUUUUUAACACCAAGACAAAAAGAAUGAUGACUUCAGGAAUGCAGGUUUCUGGCCAACUGAAGCUAUAAUGCAGCUAAAGAAACAACCAAAAACUAUAUAAAUACUGUACUGUAAAUAAGUUUUUGUGGAUUUCAAGAUAAAUAUUUCAUUGCAUUUGAUAUUAUGUGAUUGUCAAGUAUGACAUUAACAGGGUAUGGUUUGAAAUGUAUCUUUUGGUAAAUUUGACAAUUCUCUAAAUGAAAGAGAGCAGCUACCUGUGUACAGGCUAAGUAUUAAACAGAUUUUCUGUGAUUAUCUGUAUCAUUAAACGUUAAGCACUUUCA